AUGUUCUCGAGGCUGUCUGCGGGAGCCUUUAGGAGGGCGGCGACUUCGGGGCCUGCUCGUCCCAACAACUUGUUCUCUGGCGCACGGGUGCGUUUCGCCUCGACCCAUGCUUCAGCGUCGACUUUGGAGUCCGUAAUGGGCUCCCGCGCAACCCUCGCCUCAGCUUCGAUAGUCGCCGUCGGGAGCAUCGCCUGGUACACUCAUUUGUACGGAAGCCUGCCAUUCCUCGGCGAAGUCCACGCCAGCAGUCUCAGCGACGAAGGCUUGCACGCACCUGCCUACCCUUGGUCUCAUGGUGGCGUCCUCGACUCUUUCGACCACGCCAGCAUCCGACGAGGAUACCAAGUCUACCGUGAAGUCUGCGCUGCCUGCCACUCUCUCGACCGCAUUGCCUGGCGCAAUCUUGUCGGUGUCUCCCACACCGUCGACGAGGCCCGAGCCAUGGCCGAGGAAGUUGAAUACACCGACGGACCUGACUCGGAGGGCGAGAUGUUCCAGCGCCCCGGAAAACUUGCCGACUACAUGCCUGCACCCUACCCCAACGAGGAGGCUGCCCGUGCCAGCAACGGUGGUGCUUAUCCCCCUGACCUUAGUUUGAUCGUCAAGGCUCGCCAUGGUGGUGCUGACUACCUCUUCUCUCUCCUCACCGGUUACAUCGAUCCUCCCGCUGGUGUUGAAAUUCGUGAGGGUAUGAACUACAACCCUUACUUCCCCGGUGGUGCUAUUUCCAUGGCUCGUGUCCUUUUCGACGGCUUGGUUGAGUACGAAGACGGCACCCCUGCAACCACCUCGCAGAUGGCCAAGGACGUCACCACUUUCCUUGCCUGGGCUGCUGAGCCUGAGCACGACGAGAGGAAGAAGACCGGUAUUAAGGCCGUCAUCAUCUUCUCCACCUUGUUCGCCCUCAGCUUGUACGUGAAACGAUUCAAGUGGAACGUCAUCAAGAAUCGGAAAAUCGUCUACAAUCCUCCAGCUGGCAAAACGCAUUAG